GAGAGAGAGAGAGAGAGAGAGAGAGAGAGAGAGAAGGAAGAUGUCAUCCACGGCAGCGAACGAUCCACGUCAGCCGGCAGCGGCGAAGCCCUUCGUGCCGACGGCUCUAGCCCCGGAAGAUCUACCAGUCGACUACUCCGGCUUGAUCGCCGUCGUCUUCGGCAUCGCCGGCGUCAUGUUCCGCUACAAGCUGUGCUCGUGGAUGGCGAUCAUCUUCUGUGCUCAGUCACUGGUCAACAUGAAGAGCAUUGAAAACGAUCUCAAGCAGAUCUCCAUGGCCAUGAUGUUUGCUAUUAUGGGAUUGGUGACCAACUACUUUGGACCGGCUCGACCAGGUGCACCUAUGAAGAGCUCGAAUUGAUUGGAUUGAAGCAAUGCGAUGUAACAGUAUGCAGUUUCGUUUAGUCUGAUUACGGUUUUAUUUGUCUAGAUUCAGAGUGUGGUUUAAGUUUGGUAAUAGACUAUUUUUAUCAAUUCUAUUUUAAGGAAAAACCUGUGUGGUUCUUUUGUGCCUUUCUCAUGCUAA